AUGUUUGCUUCUGUGGUCGGCCUCCUCUUGGCAGGCCUCGCUACCUCCGCCUCAGCCUACAUUACCGCCGGGGGAGAAGUCGUGAUUCCUGGGGCGAGCUCAUACAAUGGCCUCAACCUAGUACCCCAGAUGGGUUGGAACAACUGGAACGCAUAUCACUGCGAUGUUUCCGAGGAUCUGCUGCUUAAAACAGCCGAGGCAAUGGUCAGGUACGGUCUGCGUGACCUGGGCUAUAAUUACGUUGUUCUCGAUGACUGCUGGUCCAUCGGCCGCAACGAGUCAGGCUACCUCUUGCACAACCCCGUCAAAUUCCCAAGUGGUAUGAAGUCAAUAGCCGACAGGCUGCAUGCUAUGAACUUCAAGUUCGGCAUGUACAGCUCGGCCGGUGUUUAUACCUGCGGCCGCUACCCAGGCAGUUUGGGUUUCGAGCAGAAGGACGCCGACACUUUUGCGAGCUGGGGGGUUGACUACUUGAAGUAUGACAACUGCUACAACCAAGGCCAGUCGGGAUCACCUCAGCUCAGCUUCAACCGAUACAACGUCAUGUCCAAGGCUCUCAACAACACAGGGCGGCCAAUGGUCUACGCCAUGUGCAACUGGGGCAACGAUGACCCAUACGACUGGGCCUACACCAUUGCAAACAGCUACCGCAUGAGCGGGGACAUUUACGAUAGCUUCCAACGGCCAGACGCGCGUUGCCCAUGCACAGAGACACCGUGCAACUGGCCUGGCUUCCACUGCUCCGUCAUGAAUAUUCUUAACAAAAUGGCGCCCAUUACAUCGCGCACCCAGCCAGGGGCCUUUAACGACAUGGAUAUGCUGGAGGUGGGUAACGGCGGGCAAAGCGACUCGGAAUACGUCGUUCACUUCUCCAUGUGGGCGAUGAUGUCAUCCCCAUUGCUCAUAGGGACCAACAUCCCCGGACUGUCGCCAGCACACCUUUCGAUUUUGUCCAACCCGGCCGUCAUAGCGCUCAACCAGGACGUGACCGGCACCUCAGGGGUGCGCAAGUGGCGAGAGGUCAUUACAGACGAUGUCGACGACGAUGGACAAGGCGAAAUUGCCCUUUGGACACGUGUGAUGAAUAACGGGGACACCGUAAUUGCUCUGCUCAACGCUGCCAACAGCUCAAGAACCAUGCGCGCCACAGCCAAGGAUAUCUUCCUAGACCAGGCGACAGCUGGGACCUACCUACCGGCGCCGGAGCUCUCGACACCCUACGAUGUAUAUGAUUUGUGGGCCAACCGCAUGAGCAACGACGAGGCCGCGUCGGUGAUCGCCGGGAACGCUACUCUUGUCGGUGCCAAUAGUACUAGUGUAACCCGGUACAAUGCCACAGAAUUGAGCUAUGCUGAGGGUUUGAGCCAGAACCACCCGGCAUUGUUUGGCAAGAAGGUUGGCCGUCUCGCGCCAGGUGGUGUUUGGGAAGUUGAAGUCGACAGGCACAGCGUUGGAUUAUUUAGGCUGCGAAACGCAACGCAAGCUUCCCGUACGAAAGACGAGUUAUGA